AUGGCCAGUCUCGAAAAGCUUGCUAUCCGGGGCAUUCGCUCCUUCGACGACAAACAGAUCUCCGUCAUUGAGUUCUUCACUCCCGUCACCGUCAUUGUCGGCCACAAUGGAAGCGGCAAGACCACCAUCAUCGAGUGUCUCAAAUACGCCACCACCGGGGACCAGCCACCCAACACUCGCGGCGGCGCCUUCGUGCAUGAUCCUAAGAUGGCGAAUGAGAAGGAGGUAAAGGCGCAGGUUAAGCUCAGGUUCACUGCUGCGAACGACAACAGUAUGCUCGUUGUACGCAACCUGUCUGUCACCUUGAAGAAAAACGGCGCAAUGACGAUGAAGACUCUCGAGAGCAUCCUCGCGCUGGCGGAUUCGAGUGGCUCAAAGCGCGGGGUGAUCUCCACCAAAUGUGCAGAGAUGGACGCUGAGAUCCCUCAUUUACUCGGAGUGUCAAAAGCGGUGCUCGAGAACGUCAUAUUCUGUCAUCAGGAAGAUUCAUACUGGCCUCUUUCCGAGCCCUCAGCCUUGAAGAAGAAGUUCGAUGAUAUCUUCGAAGCAACAAAAUACACCAAAGCCCUCGACUCCAUCAAGGCGCUUCGGAAGGACCGCGUCGCCGACCUGAAGGCUGAGAAGGAGCGCCUAGAGGCCUUGUCUCGGGAGAAGCAGCACGCAGACAAGAUCAAGAGCCGCGUCUCUGACAUGACAGGCACGAUAUCUGCCAAGCAAAUGGAGUACGACGAGCUCAAAAAGCAGUAUGAGUACCUCGUCAAGGCCAAUGCCAAAUUUUACGAGUCCGCGACCAAGUUUCGCGAGAUAUACGUGAAGAUCGACAAUCUCAACGAGAAGAAGGCGCAUUACCAGGAGGAGCUCGCCAGCGCACGGGAGAACCUUCAGGAGCUGAGCGGUACCGAUGAAGAGUUGGCCGAUCGUCUGCAGAACUUCGACGAGAACGUCGCCAAGCAAAGACAGAGGUGCAGAGUGCAAAAUCAGAAGUUGCAGGACGUAAAUGAUGAACUGGCUGCAGCGAGAAAGGCGCACGUCGACUUAAUGAAUGAGCAAGGCCGCCUGGAGAGCGAUGAGAAGACACAAGAACAGCGUAUAGCGGACCGCGAAUCUUCCAUCAGAGACAUCAGUGCCAAGUACCAGAUCAAGGGCUUCGAUCACUCCCCUCUUUCGCGAGAGCAGAUUCAGGACUUUAUUGUGAAGCUAGGCGACCUGCGGCGCCGGCAACAUUCCGAGACCAACAGACUUCAGGGCGAGAACAAGGCCAAAAACGAUGAGUACAACGAGAAAUCGAGACAUUUGCACACAGAGCUUCAGGGCUUCAAGCAACAGAAGCUCUCCAUCCGGGACCGUGUGGCAAACCACCAGAGCAACAUCACUCGCACACAGGAUGAGGUGGACCGAGCGCAGGUGUUGGACUCUGAGCUGCACGCGCUCCGGGCAGACAUGGAGGAGAAAGAGCACCGCAUCGAAAGUAUCAAAGCCGAUUUGCGUGCAGGCAAGUACGAGGAGCGCCUAGCGGAAGUUACCGCGAAGGGACGCAAUCUGGAUACGAAGCGGGAAGAGUUGAAUAUCGAACUCGGAGCCCUCAGUCGGCAGUCAGAUGCAAGGGCGCGUCUGAAUCUUACGCGGACAGAACUGAAGAAUAGGACGAGUGAGUUGAAGAAUCUGCUUGAGUUUAAUAAUCCGAAGUUCCGUAAGCUAGUCGGAUUGGAUGCGCAGCCGGACUCCAUGGAGCGAGACUUGGAACGAGUUGUCGGUGAGAAAGAACGGGAGCAUAUCGACCUUGAGAAAGAAUCAAAUAUCGCCAGCAAGAACCUGCAAGCAGCGGAGUCGAACUUAUCGAAUCUCAAGUCUCAAGUCAAAUCGAGACUAAACGAGAUUAAAGUGCUUGACAAGAAGCUGAAAGAUGGGCUCAGCGAAGGAGAUGCGAACAACGUGGGUGAUGCUAUCAGUGACGCGAAUAAGGAGAUCAGCACGCGCAACGAGGAGCUUGGUAAAUCUGCGGGAGCGCACGAGUUGUACAAGCGACUCCUGCAAGUCGGCAAGACGAAGAAAUGCUGCCCCCUAUGUACGCGCAGUAUGAACGACCAAGAGAUUGUGGUGUACGACAGAUCCGUCAAAGACAGCAUCAAGAAAUCCUCCCCUGAGGCUGUCAGAGAGAUCGAAGGAGAGCUCCGGGACUGGGAGAUCGAACUGAAGCGGCUGCAAGAACUCGCUGUCCUCGCUGCUUCGCGCGAUAAAGUGGAGACGUCCGACGUGCCCACGUUGGAGCGAGACAUCCAGGCGCAGGGAGACGCGAUAUCUGCCUUGACGGAGAAGGCGGAGGAGGCACUCAGGAAGCUGGAUGAGGUAAAGAAGGAACUCAAGGAGAUGUCGGCGAUGAGGCAGCCCGCCGCUAAUGUGACGAGGACGCAUAAGGAGAUCGAACAUCUGACUGGCGAGAUCAAGAACAUCGAGUCCGACCUUGCGGUCGCUGGUUCUACCAAGAACAUCGAGGACGUUCAGGCUGAGUUGGAUGUUUUGGGGAACGACAUCCGUAACACUGAACGCGAGAAGCAGAAUUUGCAGGGGGAGAGGGAGCGCCUGACGAAUGCUCUCCGCACGUUCGAGAAGGAUCACAGCAAUAUGCGCCUUCGCGAGGGCGAGCUGAAGUCGGAUUUGCGCGACAAGGAGCAUCUCAAAUCUCGGAUUGAGGAGAUGAGGAAAGAGAUGACUUCUGCGAACGAGCAACUUCAGGAACUCGACACCAAGAUCUCUGAAGCUCAGGUACCGAUCGAGCGGCUUGAACACGAGUAUCGCAUCACCGAGCGGGAGCUCAGUGCAAAAAUAGCUGAAGCCCAGCAGUAUUCGCAGGAUCUGAACGUAGAAUCCGACAAACUGGAAGAUGCCAACAAAGGUAUUGAACGGUAUGUGCGGGAGAGACGCGGUCGUCGGCUGAAAGAGUGCAAUGAAGAGAUUGAACAGCACGAGGCUGAUAUUAAGGAGCUCGGUAUGAAGCUCGAGAAAACCCGUGAGGAGAUCCACAAAAUGGAGCAGGAGAUCAACGAAAGCGGCAUGGCGAUGGCUAACCUGCGUGAGAACAUCCGAGUCCGCAAGCUCGUCAAAGAUAUCGCUGCCGCACAAGCGGAGAUAGAUUCAUACGACCUGGAGGAAGCGGCAAGAGCCAAACGCAUAUUUGAAGAGAAAUAUCAGGUCGAGAAGCAGAAGGAGACUGACGUGCAAAGCCGGUUUGCCCACAUCGGUGGUGAGAUAAAUGCGCUCCAAGCUCAACUGGAAACGCUGCAAGACGAUCAACAUGAGUUCCAGGACAUCAAUAAGAAGUACCAAGAUCAACUGAUUAAGGUCAAGAUGUCCGAUAUGGCCAACAACGAUCUGGAGAAGUAUGCAAAAGCCCUCGACAACGCUAUCAUGAAGUAUCACUCGCUCAAGAUGGCGGAAGUGAACGACACGAUGCGGCAUCUGUGGAAUAAAACCUAUCAGGGCACUGAUAUCGACGGUAUCAAGAUCAGCGCAGACAACGAAGGCGGCGCCACGAAACGAACCUACAACUAUCGUGUUGUCAUGACCAAGGACAACGUGGAGAUGGACAUGCGAGGCCGGUGCUCCGCUGGGCAGAAGAUGCUAGCGUCCAUCAUCAUUCGUCUUGCUCUCGCAGACUCAUUCGGGCAGAAUUGCGGUAUCCUCGCCCUCGACGAGCCGACCAAUGCGCUCGACACGGAGAAUAUCGACGCCCUCGCCUCCAGUCUCGUAGAUAUCAUCAAUGAGCGCAAAGGUAACGCCAACUUCCAACUCAUCAUCAUCACACACGAUGAGAACUUCCUUCGCAAACUGGGCCAAAGUAAUGUCAUGGAUUAUUACUGGCGGGUCACACGAGACGGGAGACAGAAAUCCAUCAUUGAACGUCACAGAUUUGGUUGA